AUGGACCGCUCGGGCUCAGUUUCAAAUGUCGACGUACAAACAAAACGCUGCGUCCCUAACCUGCUUCUGAGGAGCGCGCAUUAUUGGCAGGCAGAACACCUGCCUGAUAUUCAGUGAAGAAAAGCCACGAACAUCUACGUCCACGAUGGGCGAAGUGGUGGAGUUGCAGAAUGUGGAAGAUGUGUGUAGACUCUGCCUGUCUACCGAUGAGCCAAAAUUGUCGGUGUUCCAAACGGACAACUCUCCGGUGUCCUUAGCCAGCAAGAUACAAGCUUGUCUAUCGAUUCAGAUUUUAGUAACGGAUAGAUUAUCAACGAAAAUAUGUGCGCAAUGUAUUAAAAAUGUGAAUGAGUGGCAUAAUUACAAAGAAACAUGUUUGCAUUCACAAGACAAGUUGCAUCGGUGGUUGGAACAACACAUGCAACCAAAUCCUGUGGUUGUAACUAUUAAAAAUGAACCUGUUGAUUUGGACUUUUGUGAGGACAAUGUCGAGGUUAUUUCUGAAUCUACGAAUGAUUCGGAUUUGGAAGCCACUAAUCUUGAAGAAAAUAAUAAUCCUUCAGAAAAUAAUGAUCAAGAUCAGCAAUUACCUGAUGAUGAAGUAGCUUUAGAGGGAGAUCAACCAGCUUUAACGAAAGAUAUGGACAUUUGUAUAAAAUCUGAACCACAAGAUGAUUAUGACACAGAUUGUACUAUAGAAAUUGAAUCUGUUACUGGUAGUGAACUUGUUUUGAAUCCCCUUUCAAGCUCAGAGGAUAGGAUUAUGGAAGCUGAUUCCACUCAGAAAUCCAACGCAUCCACAUCAGCAAGCAAGAAAAAAGUCAGAAGAGGCCCACAUACCCAUUUUAGGGGUGCACGUGUUUUUAAACAGAAAUGUCUACAUUGUCAAAUUAAUUUGCAUUCUAAGUAUUCUUAUGCAAAACAUAUGGAAAGAUUUCAUAGUGACAAACAGAAUGGUAGUGUUAAUCAAUUGGAAUUGGAAGAUGAGGAAGAGCUUGUUGAAGAUUUGGAAGAUGAAUUAAUGAGCAUGGAGAAGGAUGCUCCAUUGACACAAGUGCAGCAAAAUAUUAUAAGUCAAUUGAAGACAUAUUCAUGUUACUCUUGUGAACAAAGUUUUAGCGAUCGUAGAAGUACUCUUUUCCACAUUCGUCAGCACAUGCCCGAUCUAAGACCGCACACGUGUAUCGCGUGUUUGACGGAGUUUCCGGAUCGAUCGAUGUAUAAAGUACAUUGUAGAGCAUCGUUCGAGUGUGCAAUGAAGAUUGCUCUCGUUAUACCGAAACAAGGCUUGCAGAAAUGCUUCACGUGUAAUAUGUGUUUACGUUCUUUGCCGGACAGAAAGCAGCUGCUUACUCAUCUAUCGAAGCAUUCAGAUAAACAGUAUGAGGAGCUCGUAUCUCCAACACGAUCUCCUCCUAAAUUAAAACCAGUAACUCCUCUGCCAUCUUUGAGACAGGAGUCACCGAAAAAAUCGUUCAAAGGAAAUCGUACUCUGAACAUACCCAGCCCUUACAAAAAUGGUGAUCCUGCGCACAAUCAUGUAUGCGACCUGUGUGGUAUGAUUUACAGGUACAAGCCAAACAUGCUGAAGCAUAGAGACUUGUGUCAACGUUUAUCAUCCGACGUCAGAACAUCCUAUAGAUGUGUCCAUUGUGGCAUGACAUAUUUGGUGUUCAAAAAGUUUCAUUCUCAUCUAACGUUGGACCACAAAAAGAGUGAUUUCAUAUGUUCUGAAUGCGGCAGCAAAUUCAAAUCUCCUAGUGAUUAUUUGAACCAUCACAAAGAGCACUCUAAUGAUCUUAACAAGGAAGAAACUUCUGGAUUGAAAAACGAUAUAGUAAAGGCUACGCAGAAUAUUUCAAAGCCCAUCAAGGAUUGGGAUACGUUUGAAGCUGAAGUAAAUGCUGGUAAACUAUCAGACAGUAAUCAGUAUAGCUGUGCCCUCUGUAAUUUGGAAUUCACUACUAGAGCUGAACUAAUGGAACACAGAAAUCUUCAUCUGAAGGUGAAGAUUUAUUCUUGUGUCAUCUGUCGUAGUAUGUUUAGCAGCGCAGGUGCUUUGGAAAUUCACAUGAAAGAUCAUGGUAUAGAAGAUCCGAAUGAAAGAAAUGCAAACAUCUCCUGUGUGGAGUAUGGUACGGUACAAGAAGAUUCACAGGACUCAAAUUCAGUAAAUGUCAGCGCCACCUCGGAUCCUGGCGAUAAAAAGAAUGAGUGCGACGUGUGCGGCAAGGUAUUCUCGAAUAGCGCUAAUCUUAAGAGACAUAUCAGAAAUAUUCACAAUGUUAUCAGAGGCAACAUCAUCUGCACCCAUUGUCGGCGAACGUUCAAGAGUAAAGAGUCUCAUGACCGACACUUAGCAAUUGAUCACCCAAAGCUUGCGAAGUCCAUACAUCAGUGUUCUAAAUGUCGAAAGACUUUCUUCUUCAGAGCUAACCUAAAUCUUCACUUUGAAACUGCCCAUGCUCAGGAAUUAGGUGGUCACGGAUGCGACAUUUGCGGUAAGAUUUUCAUGGAAGAAUCAUCUCUAAAGAUACACAGGAGCUGGCACAAUCGAGCAAACUCUAGAUUAAGUUUACGAUUUAUGAAGAAAGAUGUCCAAAAGCCAUUAACCCAGACUAAACACGAGGAACCUUUCAAUUCCAGUAUGACCCGACCAGCUAGAGCACGAAAAUCUUACCCAAAUUUACCUCCAACAAAGCCAAAUGGUAAUUUCCAAUGCCAAGUUUGCAGUGACAAGUUCAAUGAUGUAACAGAAUUGAGGACACACUUAUGGGAUGUGCACUGUGCUCGUAAUAAAACUGAGAAGAGCUUUUCAGGUGACGAGUUUCAAUGUGAGCUUUGCACAAAUGUUUUCCUUGACAAGGAGACAUUAGAUAUGCAUAUGCAAUGGCACAAAGCUCAACCCAUUCUUGAUGAUGUAAAGAAAUCUGAUCACAUUUGUGACAUUUGUGGAAAAUUAUACAGCUCCAAAAAGAUACUGUCAAGACAUAAGAAGCUUCACAAAUCCACAGUUGUAGCUGCUGCAAAGCUACAGUCAGCUGGCAAGAACUUAGCAAGUAGUCCACUUAUAUGCACCCUCUGUCACAAGGUGUUCAAUAGUACUCGGUCGCUUCACCGUCACAGGCUCAACCUACAUGCUAACAUGUUUAAUCAACAACCCGAACAUGUAUACAACAACGCGAGAAGACUAUCUCAAGAAGAGCCAAGAUCUAAGAAAAUAAAAUUAGAAGAAGAGGAUAAAAAAGCACCUCUCCCCAUGGAUGCCAUGAGCGCAGGCAGGAAGUCAGUUAUGUGCCACGUCUGUAGGAAGUUCUUUGCAAAUAUGAGCGUAUUGUACAAGCACAAACAAUUGGUGCACAAUAAGACUCACAUGAAUCUGUUACAGAAUCUAGCCAAAUCAUAUAAUAUCGAAUGUAUACCAUUACCCAGCAAUGAUGGUAAAGUCCUUUGCAACAUUUGCUACAAAAAGUUUUCUGGCGUGUCGAAUCUGCGCCAACAUUUUACCAUAAAACAUAAAAAUGCUCCUCCCAAAUUUGCUUGUUCUGUAGACGGUUGCAAGCUCACGUUCCCAACGCCAACAAUCGUAAAGAACCAUGAAUUGUCGCACAACAGCAUUAUCUACAGUUGCACUUUAUGCGAUAGACACGUGUUCAACAAGACAGCAAUGUCAGAUCACUUGCUGACGACACACAACACUAUCUACAAUGCCGAGAAUAGCAAGAACUUCCACAGAGAGAUGGAUUUGACCAAAUAUGUGGUGGAGGGUGCAGUAGACGCGACUUGUCCUCAAUGCAAGAUCAAGUAUCCCAACAAUAGGGCUAUGAAGAUUCACUACUUUAAGUUCCACGAGGGUACAAACCAGUAGAAUUGUGUAUUUUUCCAUGUAUGAAAUAAUCUGCAAAAAUACCAACGAAACGUAUAGGUGGUUAAGAAGAAUCGAAUGUGACAAGUACUUGGUCCUACGGGCGGAAAAACUCUCCGAGUUGACUAAAUGCUGCCUUACACACAUUUUUUUACCAAAUCCUCGAUUCACAACUAAUUGUCUGAUACGUUGAUGAUAACGUUCAUAAGAGUUCAAAGGGCACGUAAUAUCUCCUGAUGUUCUUUUAUUUCAGAGUAGGUGGUUUGAAUAUACUUUGGCUGAUUUUGUUUCUCUUUGGCUAUCGCGGGAGAUGACCUGUUCCCUAAUCAGGAUCAGGGCACAGUAGCCUGAUCUUUCACGAGCUUUGUAAAUAAAGCACUACAUAUUAUUGUAGAAGAAUGAAGAUACACGAGAGAGAGAGAGAGAGAGAGAGAGAGAGAGAGAGAGAGAGAGGGAGAGAGAGAGAGAGAGAGAGUCUAUAUAUUUCUUCAUUUAAUGUUAUUCCCUGAGUUACAGUUUUUAGGUCUAUUUCUGUAUUGAUCGCAAUGUUAGUUAUUUUUCGCCGAGCGCUAAUCACUCAAAAGACAUCGUGAAAAUAGCACUUAUUGAUACGUGUCGAAUCAACUGGUCAGACUUUGUAGAAAAUUAAGCGAUCGACGUGUCUAAAAGAUAAUUGAGCUUGAUUGAUUGGAACUCUUGAUGAAUCUCUUGCUGAUUAUUGAAUAUUUGAAGAAAUUUUUUGGUUCAUUGAGGUAUAACUUUAUUUGUCGAAUUGGAACGUGUCAACCUGAAUGUGUUUAUUCAGGAAAGAAUGAAAUACGCUGCGAGACCUCUAUUGUACGAGGUACAUUUACAACAAUAUAUCUUAUCUUUUUUCUGUCUUAUUUUUCUUUUUGUUAUGGAACAACAGCUAUUCUUUCCAUUGCAAUUUGGCUGAACGCGUUCACUUGACUAGCGGAAAACAGUGCAACCCUAAAUGUUGGAAUCUAAUGUAAAUGAAGGAUUGACUCUUUCUAACGGUGCGGUUACAUAAAGGUUAUGAUCAACGGUGGAGGGAUAUGAUCGACAAACGUGGUCAGGUUUUGCACAUUAAUUUAUCAGAGAUGCUGGUUUCUGAACGCUAAAGUGGAAAGCGAUUUUUAAAAUGUUGUUCUAGAUUUUAUUAUUAAUACGCAUACUUGUAUUGUAUAAGCUGUAGCGUUUUUGCAUAUAGUGAACAAAUAAAGGGAGAAGUAAUAAGCACA